AUGCCUCCCUCCACCGUCUUCUCAUACUGGCGCAGAGACCAUCGACGCUCGACCGCGUCAGCGCCACCGGUGUCUCUGCCCGCCCCGACGUCAGGACCCAAGAGCACGACGGACAGCCCGAUCAGUCCCCCUCAACUCCCAGAGAUUCCUGAUACUCCGACCCUUACAUCCCCGUUUGGGGACUCGCAGACACUUGAUGCCCCUCCGUGGAGAGAUUCACAGAUUGAGAAUGACGCGUCCAAGCUGAACUUCAACACCUCGGUAGCUCCGUUAUCCUCCUCCGCUAGCCUGGCUGUUCCACCCCCGUUGACCGAGAGAGACAACCGCCCGUAUUCGAGCCCUGGAGAGCACGAGCCUGAGGUGGGCCUUACAUCGCAGCCGAAUGCCUCGCAACUCUCGGUCCCCGGCGCACGGCCCGAACAAGAUGAUAACGAGUCACCUUCAAAGCCGAAUUCGCCAUUCCGGUUGUCGUUUGGCAAAGGAUUACGGAAUCUGCAGGCGCCACCGGUUGAGCCUCAUAGACGUUCACCUAGCGCAGAACCAAGGCCAAGUCAAUUUCGAUUGAGAACCUCACCCGAUGAUUCCCCGGCCGACAAGACAUUUAUACCCGGACGAGAGUUGAGGAUGGAAUCACUGAGCACUCGACGAGUGACUGAGCGCGAUGUAUCCACUGAGAAUGCUCAUCAUAAAUCCGGCAAGGCGAUGCUCCAUCUCCUGAACCCAAUGUCACUCCUCGCUCGCAGACGAUCCUCACAGAUAGGUGGCUCGCGUGUGGAUGAUGCGAAAAUCGGCACCCCCGAUGGGAUACCCGCUAUUCCUGAUGACUAUGACCCGAGAAUUCGCGGAAACAUUGUACAUGACUUUUCGGCUCCGCGGCCGCGUCGUAAUGUGUCCUUCAACACGGGAGUUCCACCAGAUGGAAGCACCAGCUUGAAUGCACAGGAGACCCGAUGGAAUGAUCAGACCAAAAGGCAUAGUGAUCAUUCCCCAGUGUUCAAGGAGCAUUUCGAAGAUGACCAGAACGUGCUACAGGUGGAGAAUAAGGGCUACUUGCAGUCAAGCCUGUUGACCAAUCCUCCCGAGCACGGUUAUGAGAAGUCAAUACCGGUAUUUGCACGGAAAUUACCUUCAUAUUUACCCGAUGAACAGAGCAUAUCUCCGCCGGCAGAACUACCUGCAGAGUUGCCUGCGGAAUUACCCGCAGAUGUUCCUUCAAAUAUAUCGCAUGAGAGUCCCCCAGCUCAUCAGCAGGACCAGGACACGAUUCCACAUGUGCCCCAAUUGAAUUCGGGCUUGCCUCGACAUCUCAAAAGUAAUGCAUCUCGAUUCAGCUUUGACAUGGGCGGGGUCGAAUCUUCUACACAGGAGAAACUGCUUGAAGAGAAACACAAGGCGAAGGAAGCUCAGCGCAAGCUGGAAGAUGGCUACUUUGAUGACUUUGAUGAUGAGUUCGACCAAGAUAUCAUGGAUGAUUAUGAUGAUCUCGAGGAAAAGAUUCCCGGCGUCAAUGCUGAUGCUGACGACGACGACGAAGAAUUCUUAGCGCCUUCAAUGGCCAAGUCUUGGGCUAUACCUGGGUUGUCACCCGUAGUUGCAAGUCCAAUCACCCCUGCUCCGCCUGGGAUCCCUGAAAGUCUGAUGGGUACUGAUCCUGUUGCCUCAGAGGAACCUCAAGAGGAGAUCGAAUUCCUUGAUGACCCUGAAGAGGUGGAACAUCCUCUUCCUUUGAAAAUUCACAGCCCAGGGUCCAAUUCCCAUGCACUACCGCCUAUGAACGAACGCACUCCAGUACUGGAUGAUGAUGACGACGAUGAUAUGUACUUUGAUGAUGGGGAAUUCGGUGACCUGGCUCUGGAUGACCAGGAUAUAGGGUUCGACGAGUCUGUUUUUGAUGAUGAGACUAGUCAUCUCUAUGAACGGAAGCCAGUCAGCGCACCACCAGCACGCCAGGCCUCUCAGAGCACAAUCCGCAGUAGUGAUGCACUCGAAAGAGAAUUUCUUCUAGAUGAGGCCGCCAGCCAGGGACUCAAGCAUAUGCCUAGUGUUGCUAGUGAAUAUGGAGUUGGCCCCGUCAAGCGUGGUCCACUCGGUGAGCCAAUACCCAAUAUGGGACCUGCUCGAACCCAUGGAGGAGUGCUUACUGAGCGGAACCUGGAGGUGUUGCAUAAUGCUCUGGCAUUUGCCGCAAACGAAGUUGCUAUGCAAGGCCGAUUUGAACGUACUUUUAGCACGAGCGAUCGGUCGGCCGCACAGGAGAGCAUCUCCCAGGCAUCGCACACGGCCGAAUCGCAGCUCGGUCUUGUGUCGGAUGACAGUCAUCUCAGCCAAGGGGCAGACAUGGUCGGCUUUGAUGAUUUCCUCGACGAUCAAAUCUACGCCGACGAUGCAUACUACGAUGAUCCCAUUGUCGCAGCGGCCAAUGCCGAAGCUCUCGAGAACGACGAUGAGGGUUUCUACGGGCAGGAAUUUGGCUUCUACGCUCAAGCGCAUGGCGCGUGUAGCAGCGAAAUGACCAAUGGCGGAUACUUCGGUCCACGCGGCGUCGAAGGCAUUACUCGCCAUCACAGCAGUCGCGGCAAGUUCCAGGAACCUAGCCUGACUCCCAUCACCGAGCGCAGUGAAUGGAGUACCCGCAACUCUGUCAUCUCGCUCAAGGCGCAUGGUGGCACCCAUUCCAACCCCUCCCUGGCCAGCCCUGGCUUGGCGCAGCUGGUCGAUCUGGGUAAUUUGGACGACGAGAUGUCAUUGAGCGCACUGCUGAAGCUGCGCCGUGGUGCAUGGGGUGGCAGCAAUGGUAGUCUGCGCAGUAGUGCAGGUAGCCCGCCGCCCCAUACCCUCUCAUCGUCCAACCGUGGCAGCUUCAUUGCUGCUUCGGAGGCGAGCCCGUCCGAGGCACGACCCUUCGCGGAAGAGAGCCUGGCAAGCAUUGGCUAUCACCAUGACGAUGGCCAGGUUUAUGCCACCUCACCGCUCCGAGACACUCGUCGCGGAUAUCCCGGGGAUCUUCCGCCAAGCGGAAUGGACGGUCCGAUAAGCAGCGCCGACUAUCAUCACGAAGUGCCGAGCAUCGGCGCUCACCAGAAACAACAUACCAAUGUUUUGUAA